AUGAAAGAAAAAGAUAAGAUACAAUUAGAAAGGAAAAUAAAUUUACAAAUUCUUAGAUCAAACACGGUUGAUCUUUCUGGUGAAGAUGAAGAUGAAGAUGAGGAUAAUGUACAAGACACUGAUUACGGAAAAACAACGCAAAAUACAUUGGAUAGAAAUAAUCCAAUAAAGGAGAAGUUAAAGAUGAAUGCUUGGGAUAAAAUUGCAACUUGGGCUUAUGCGGUUGGUUUACCCUUUAAUGCCGUACGUGACGAAAGUUUCCAAGACAUGAUCCACGCCAUUGGAGAAUAUGGAAGAGGUAUGCCAGCUCCAUCUUAUCAUAAUAUUCGUGUGACGUUGAUGAAAAAACGUUUAGAAGAAACGAAACAAUUUGUGGAUUCGUUUCGGCCACAUUGGGAAGAAUAUGGAUGUAGCAUUUUGUCCGAUUUUUGGACAGACGGGAAAGGAAGGUGUUUGAUAAACUUCUUAGUCAAUUGUCCUCGUGGAAUGGUAUUUUUGAAAUCAAUUGAUGCAUCCGAGCAUGUGAAGAAUGCUGAUUUAAUUGUUAAAAUGAUAAAUGAGGCGAUAGAAGGUGUUGGAGAGGCGAAUAUUGUGCAGUUUAUUACAGAUAAUGGGUCAAACUUUAAAGCCGCAGGAAAAAUUUUAGAAGAAGAACACCCUAAGAUGUUUUGGACUCCUUGUGCAGCACAUUGUGUGAACCUCAUGAUUCAAGAUAUCGGUGAGAAAAUACCAAAGAUAAAGUCUGUUUUGAGUGAAGCUAGAGCAAUUGUGGUUUACAUUUACUACCACGGAAGGAUUCUUAAUAUGAUGAGGAAGUUGGCGAAAAACAAGGAGCUACACAGGUCUUGUGUAACUAGAUUUGCAACCCAGUUCUAUACCCUUCAAAGUAUCCACGAGAAUCGACAUCAUAUUCAAGUGUUGUUCGUUUCCGAAGAAUGGAGGAAAAGUGACUUUGCAAAUAAGGCAGUUGGAAAGAAAGUCGAGCGAAUAAUUGCAAAAACAGAAUUUUGGGACAAUGUACACCUAGCUUGUCAAGUGCUAGCUCCAUUGGUGGAUGUGGUUAGAUUGGUUGAUACAGAAGAGAAGUCGUGUAUGGGUUACAUCUAUGAUGCAGUGUCUAGAGCAAAGGAGCAAAUCAAGAAAAAUUUAACCGAUGAAAGACUGAUGACUAAAUUACAUUCAAAGAAAAGAAAUUGUCUUUUGCAACAAAAACUCAAUGAUCUUGUAUUCAUCCAAUACAACACAAGGUUACAAAGGCGCUUCAACUCACUAAAAACCAACAAAUCUUUGGAUCCUAUUUUGUUAAGAGACGUAGAUGAAAAUGAUGAUUGGGUUAUACCAACGGAAAUUGAGCAUCAAGAUUUUGUUGAUGGUAGUGAUGGUCUUCUAUGGUCGGUUGCGCGAGAGGCAAUGGGAGGAAACGAAGACGUUGGGCCAAGUACUAGGAGCAAAAGAGAGCGUUAUAGAGAUGAUGAUGUUAGAGUUAAUUCAGUUGAAGUGGAAGAUCUUGAUGAACGAUUGGAUUCCUUGGUUGAUGUAGACUCGGAGGAAGAUUUCAUUGGUUAUGACUAG